AUGUCCACGGAAUCGCCCCUGCUCAAACUCCCCGGUGAAUUACGAAACAAAACAUACGAGCUCGCGCUCUCUUCACCAACUCCGCUCUAUCUUCACUCGCCGGAAGCACCCCGGCAGGUUGUGCGGCACUCGGAAAAUCUCGGUGCACUCGAAACACCGUCUCCUGUCAAGCGCUACGUUGAGUUCAACAUGCUCAAGUAUGCGAACAGGCAACUUUACUCGGAGACUGCGGGCUUGGACUUCAAGUACAACAGCUUCAAGAUUAAGCUUGGGCGUCCGAAGCCUGCACAAGAUGGACAAGACACCGAGAUCUUGCGAGGUCCGAGAGUUUGUAAGGCAUCUCAGGUUAAGUUCGACAGGGGCUAUUUGGAUGACUUUAGCAAGAGCGCAUCGUCUCAGGGACAGCGCCUCAAGAUCAUUUGGCAGCAUGCUAUAGAUCUCUGGGAAGAUGCAUGGUGGAAUCCUGGUUGCCGGGAAGGUCCGGGAUAUCGAGUAGAGAACGAAGACAAAGAAUCGAGAAUGGUGCGACGCCACCUCGAGAGCCUUUUCCAGUAG